AUGAAGGAAGACCUCAAAGAGAGAAGAGUAGAAGUGUUGGCUCAAGCUGCAGAGACGGGACAGAGUAUUCACGAUGCCCGUCGGAACUUCGCCAAUCGUAAAACAACUAUGACUGCUCUCCGGACCCCAAAUGGAACAACUACAGCAUCGAGAAGGGAGAUGGAAAAGGUCAUUCGCGAAUUCUACUCUCUAAGACAGUGGCGUCCACUUGCCUCCUCACCAUCUGAGGAAAGAUGGACAUAUCGUUCCAAUGGUCCUCCCUUCCGAAAUCCGACAUGCCAUCAUGUCGGUGAAGAAUCGUACUUCACUCGUCCUCGUCAACACAUUGGCGAGGCUCUUCACUCGUUAUCUGUCGAAUGCAAGGUUCCUAAGCAAUGGAGAACCAGCAAGACCGUGCUGUUGUAUAAGAAGGGAGACCCACAAGACAUCGGCAACUAUAUUCCAAUCCGCUUACUGCCUGUCACUACAAGCUCUUCACAAGAGUGCCUCACUUCCAUCGACUUAAAGAAAGCCUUUGAUACAGCUGAGACAUCGUCAUGGAAGCCUUAG